UUUGCAUCUAGAGUGGUUUGUCAAAUGUUGUGUAUAAGGCAUUGGUUGUGCACCAAGUUAAAUCUCUGAGCUAGGGCACUUUCUGUACUGAUCUAGGGUCACCUGGUUUUGUUCCAUGUUGGUGUCAUUUGAAAUCAAAAGGUGAUGUGGCUGUUUCUGUGGUUGGCCACAAGCCUUGGAAAAGUCUCCCCAUAUCUUCCGAGAUCUGCUCUAUUACUGGACAUUUUUAAGUGGACAAAUACAGCACAUUGGGCCAGUUUAUAUUGUGUUAAAAUGUGCUUUUUAGUUGAAUGCUGUUGUUGCUGCUUUAAGUUCAUAUUCAAAAAGACUUUUCUAGUUUCUCUUCAGUCAUGUAAAAUGAGUGACCUCAUAGAGCUGGGAAAUACACCUUAUUCUGCUGGAAUCCACAUCAGAGGCACACUUGGAUUCAUUUAAAUUAUUUGUUCUUUAAGGUGUUCCUCAAAGAGUUAAUGUGAGGAUGAGACACUGUUAACACCUCUAAAGUAGAGGGACUCUGAGAUCUUGCUGCAGUCUCUCUGUACCUCUAACAAUUUGCUCCCUUUUCCCUAGAUAAUUCAGCCCACGACUUUAGAACCUAUUAUUUAUUUAUUUACUUACUUCAUUAUUUAUUUUUUAUUAGCCUUAUUAGAGAUCUGGAAGUGAGCUACACACACAUCCCUAUGCUAAUCUGUCUCUAUGCAGUCUUUAAUUUGUCAUGUCUCUGUUUCUGCAUCUUUCUACGUCAUUUCUCUUUCUCCGCAUCUGUCUGCAUCUACAUCCGCACAUGAACAAACAGGCAUGCUUUGGAUACUGAUUAUUUGUAGAGAAUCAGGAGAUUCAACCAGAUCUUCUUCUUUCUUUUCUUCACCCCUGCUGGUUUCCAAGAUUCAUCCAAACAGAAAGAUCUCCAGUACUGCAUUUGGAAGGAAGCUGCUUCACAAUAGUAACAUCAGCAGUAGUAAUGGCAGCACAGAAGAUUUGUUUCAUGAUAGCACUGACUCCAGUGAUCUAGACAUUACAGAGAAGGUAAGUUACUUGGACAAGAAAGUGACAGAGCUGGAAAAUGAGAUUCUGAUGAGCGGGGAUGUAAAAACCAAGCUGAAACAGGAAAAUAUCCAGUUGGUCCACAGGAUCCAUGAGCUGGAGGAGCAGCUUAAAGACCAGGAGACCAGAGCAGAGAAAAUCAUGGAAGAUGAGCUUAGGAGACACAGAGAUGCCUACAUUCGACUGGAGAAAGACAAAAACACUCAGAUAGAGCUGCUCAGAAACCGAUUACAUCAACUAGAGGACGAAAAUGGAAAGAUGGCAAUGAAUAUGAACAGACUAAAAUCUCAGACCGAGAAACUGGAUGAGGAGAAGCAGCGGAUGACUGAUAAGCUGGAGGACACAAGCCUGCGGUUGAAGGAUGAGAUGGACCUGUACAAGAAGAUGAUGGACAAGCUACGGCAGAAUAGACAGGAAUUUCAAAGGGAAAGAGAUACCAUGCAGGAACUCAUCGAGGAUCUUCGGCGAGAGCUGGAGCACCUUCAGUUAUACAAGCUGGAGGCAGAACGAGCUGGACGUGGUCGCAGAUCUUCCAUUAGUCUAUCUGAAUACAGCAGCCGAACACGUGAGAGUGAGUUGGAACAGGAGGUCAGGAGACUCAAACAGGACAACCAGAAACUGAGGGAACAGAAUGAAGAUCUAAAUGGUCAACUUCUCAGUCUGAGUCUCCAUGAGGCCAAGAACCUGUUUGCCACACAAACAAAAGCACAGUCUCUGGCUAUGGAGAUUGAUCAUGCAUCCCGUGACCAGUUAUUGGAAGCCCUCAAGCAACAAGAGGAGAUAAACCUCCGUCUCAGGCAAUACAUGGACAAGAUCAUUUUGUCAAUUUUGGACCACAAUCCAUCUAUUCUGGAAAUUAAAAACUAAACGUGUGUUAUGAACUGUUUAAAAGCAGCCAUGGACUUAGAGCUCCUCCCAAGGAAGGAAAUGAUCUCCAAUGCCUCUGAUUGCACAGUAACUACAACGUGAUGGUGUUUGUGCACCUUUUCCACAUUACACAAAUGAAAGAAAAUGUAUAUACAGUGAUGAAAUAUUUCAAGCACUUUUAAGGGGCAUUUUUGCUGCUCAAGAGGGAUUUCACUCAAAUAACAUUAUGGUUAAUCAAUUGCACCAACUUACAUGUGACUGUUUUAGCACUGGGUGCUCAUCGAGUAUGUUUGUGUUGUAUGAAUCAUUGUUAGCUAUGUUUGCACUGGGAUGUAAUGAGACUACAUAACAAAGAAAGAACCAUAUGACUUUCAGAGUUGCUGUGUAUGAAGAAAUGAAAGAGGUUUUUAUAAGUGAACAUGCAGUUAUUUUGGUGAGAGAAGUAUUUUUGACCAUCUUCCUAUUUUAUGAUAUGUGAAGUAAAGGAAAUUAGAGAAAAAUACGAUCUGAUAGGUGAUCGAAACUGGUACUUGAUAACACUGCCUGUGGUAAAAGAAUCUGUUUUAGAGCAAUGCAAUGAGUGCCCAUUGUUAUGUUUGCAAUGCAAUGUUGAGAUGUUUAUUCUGAUAUUAUCUGGCCUUUAAAAAGCGGAAGACUGAAUGUGAACUGUCAUUGUGAAUGUACCAAAUAAGUAGUAUUUCAGGUUAUUUACAGGCUUAAUAAUAAUACUAAUAAUGCACUUGUCUGUUUAUCCGCUGAAUUGUUUUCAUAAUGGCCUUAAAGGGACUUGUUCUUCCUAACUGAAGUACAGUUAAUUAUUGUAGAUGCAACAUACACAUGAUUUUGUUUAUUAUGCAGAUCUUGAGUAAUUUAGGAAAAAUAAAUAAACAUGCACAUCAGAUAAUGCCAGUCUACAACAAACUAUGAAAUUUG